AUGUUGCCCACCGCGAUUCUCGUGUUAGUCACCUCGGCUCUCGCGGCGGCUGCCCCUGUGGCCGACCAGGGGCCCGGCUGCGAAGUCGAUACUGUUCAAGCUCCCGCGUUGCCAAAGACGGGUGGUAGCAAGGAGCUUCCCGAUCCCGACUCCGGCCUCGCGCUCAAGCACAUUGCCCUCGGAUUUGGCAUUCAAAACUACACAUGCACUAAGCCGGGCGUCGCUGCCACCGCGGCGGGUGCCCUGGCCAUGCUCUACGACAUCACGCACCUGUACCCCAAGCAGGGGCCGGACUCGCUCUCUGCGCAAGAUUUCAACAACCUCACGUCCAAGGCGCUCUGGACGCACAAGGUUCCCCUCAACAUGAACCGGCACGAGCCGGGGGCGUCGCGGACGAACCCCUUCACGCGGGACGCGCCGCUGCAUCUCCAGGGCCAGCUAACCCUGCCCUUCCUGGGCCACCACUACUUCGACGCCGCCGGCGUGCCCACGUUCGAUCUCGACGGCGGCAAGAUUCACCUGCCCUGCAGCAAGCUCGCGAGCGUCGACGCGCCGGCGGGAGCCGACAAGGGCCCAGAGGGCACCGGCGCCGUCGGCUGGCUGUACCUAGGCGAGAAGCCCGGGGCCUUUGGCUCGAAGUACGUCUACCGCGUGCUCACGGCCGGAGGCGUCUCCCAUGGCUGCAACCAGGUCGGGACGGACAGCACGAGCUACACGGCUACAUACUGGUUCUACGGGUAA